CAAAGCUCUGAGCCUCCAUCAGAAAAGCCAACACAUUUUGAUGCCACCACGCAGUGAGGAGGCCCAAGUCAUUACAUAUCACAGUGCAAAGGUUCCACAACUAGCCCCAGCUGAGUGUUCGGAGCCCUCCAGUCCAGGCACCACAGGAGACAGUGAAGAAGCUUCCAGAUCACUUCGCGGUCUCCACCACACAAGCCCCACCUUGUGAUGAUGUCUUUCCAGAAGUCCUGUUGUAGGGACUCUCUCAUGCCAUCCUCUCCAAGGGUCCGACCCAUGGAAUUUGGGAGCAUAAUAACAGUUCUGUUGAGUCACCAAGAUUGGGCAGCUUGUCACAUGGCACUGGUGACUGGACUGUUCCCAUUCACAGAAGAUGCUGUUGGCAGCACAGAACCCCCAUCCCUCUCUAGACCCUGCUAUUGCCUGGUUGACUUGAGGGCCCACAAUUGGCCUUCUACUUCCUAUAAUGGCUUCCUUGUCCUCCAUGAUCUGGUCCAAAGCUGUGAACGAAUGGGCUGACUUGUACACGUCCUGGGAAGAUAUGGUGGAGAAAUAUGUGAACCCCAAACAGCGUAUGAGCUUCAUUCUCUUUGAUACCAGAGCUUCAAUCAAAAUGCCACUCCUCUCAGAAAGAUGGAAAAUCCGCCAAGCGCUCACCAGCAUCGAGACCCUUGUGAUAGAAGGAUCAGCAAACCUACACAGAGGACUGGAAAAGGCUAAUGAACAGAUCCAAACGGUCAACUCGGGAGCCACUAAGAGGCCUAGUCUGAUCAUUGCUGUCAUUUGGGGGGAAAUGACACCACAAGUAUUGAAGGAGUCUAAGGACGAGGCUGAUAAAGCUCGGAGCAUGGGGGCGUACAUUUACUGUGUCGGUAUAAACAACUAUGAUAGACAAAAGCUGAAUGAGAUUACAGACAACGACGAAAAUGUGUUCGUUGUGGCCCAUUCUGAUGAUCUCCAUGAGCUAGUAGACACGAUUGGCACAAUGACCUGCCUUGAACUCAGAGAGGUGGAGUUUCCAUGCCCAGGAGAAAAUCACCCAGUGCUCUUAAGAGGAUACGGCUUUCACAAUGCAAAGAAUCUCAACGACGUUAUUUGCAGAUUCAAGUUCAAUGACUCCUCCAUCAUCGAUAAAAAUCCAAUUGUUAAGAAUGCCACUGUCAUGUAUUGCCCUGCACCAAAGAUAGCGCAACCUGAACAAAUCAUCUUAGUUGAAGUUAGCCUGAACAACGGACAAGACUUCCUUGCCCACAGAAUCCGUGUGAAUUCUUCUGAGUGUAUACCUCCCACAAUGACCACUACUCCUGCCCCAGAAACCUCUACAGUUCUGACAACUUCAACAACAAACCCUAUCCCCAAACCAACUAUUCCAGGCUCCCCUACUAUACUCCCCCCUCCUCCCGCUCCUCCUCGUCCUCCUUCACCUGCUCCUCCCCCACUUCCUCCACCUCCUCCUCGGCCACCUCCACCUCUACCUCUACCUCCACCUCCACCUCUGCCUCCAACUUCACUUGUGCCUCUGCCGCCAGCUGAGCCAAGCAAGGAAGUUUUGCUCAGCACCGUGGUACUGCUCCUGAUGCUGACCCCUGUAGUGCUGUGGUGGGUCUGGUGGCUGUGCUGCAGACCGCCUGUCAAGGCCCUGCCAGCACCUGUACCACAACCAACGCCCCAAAAGAAAGAAAAGGGCCCUCCUCCAGUGCCUCCUCCAGUGCCUCCCCCAGCUCCACCCCCAGCACCGGUCACUGGGCGCCCCAUUGUAAUCAUCUGCUGCUGUACCUGCUAUGAUGUGUGUGUGAGAAGAGGAACAGAGGGGCCGUAUAUCAACCUUGACCUCCUGAAGGACCUCUGUUCUCGAGUUCCCUGCACCUCUAAGACUGGCUUCUUCCCACCUGAGGAGUACCUGUGCCUGGCCUCCUGUUCUCAGUGCCACCAUCCUCCACACAGUUGUCCCAGGCCAUUUCCUUUGCUCCCUUCCCCUGCCCAGGUGUCUCCCAAAGCCCCCUUGUCACUGCCUCCCAUGCAGCGGACCUCUCAGACACCACAGAGGCAAUAUUGAGAGGUUUUCUUUGCUGCUAAUUUGGACCCAUGUAUCUGUUCUUGGAUUUUAAUUUUAAAAGAGUUGGAAUUUUUUUAUUAGGAGGUUUGUCAUCCAAAGGUAAAUCUCAGAUGUGUUUCUGGGGCACUGGGAAAGACAGAAGUUCGUGGUGUCAUGUGGCUAGGCGUAGAUGAGUUCUACAGCUUUGUCACCAGAUCCAUGACACACCACAGGCUCUUAAGCUCUAUACGAAGCACAAUCCCAGAUUCAUCCCGAGGGUAAACUUGACAGCUGUGUAAACAUGCCUGGAGCUACAAGUGUGCACCACUGCAUCUAGCUUUUUAGAUUGGCAAUGGGGAUCCCAAACUGAGGUCCUUGUACUUGCAUGCCAAAUAUUUAACUACCUGAGCCACUUUGUAGCCCAGUGGUUCUCAGCCUGUAGGGCAUGGCCCCUUUGGGGGGGUCACAUAACAGAUAUCUGGCAUAUCAGACAUCUACAUUAUAAUUCAAAACAGUAGCAAAAUUACAGUUAUAAAGUAGCAACAAAAUAAUUUUAUGGUUGGGGUUCACCAUAACAUGAGGAACUGUGUUAAAGUGACACAGCAUUAGGAAGGUAGAGAACUACCCUGUUCUAGCCCCUUGGUUAACCUUUUGCUUUGUUCUCUAUAUGGGUUUUGUUUUGCAAAGCAGUUUCAAGUCAUGCAUAUACAGAGAUUUUUUUAAACAAAUGCCAGAGUGUUCCUACUCCACUGUCAGACAGGAAGAAGUAUAUUGGAUAAAGGCAUAUGGAGCCUGACUGACAGGUGGCAAGGUCACAUUUGUAGUCCCAUGGGGCAGGGUUCAGGGAGAAGGAACACAGAUAUCCCUAGAGUGUCUUUACCCUGAACACAUCACCCAAGAUGACAUAUAGAUGUGUCCAGAGCAGCCACAUGCAAGCUUACAAAAGGUUAUCACGACACUAGAUCUCUGGAAACCCAGAAAAUAAAUAUUUAUAGUACUUAUGCCAAGACAAAUGUAGGCAUGCAAGAGAAAUUUCAUCUAUUCCAUGGAUGUAGUGUGUAUUAAGGCUCUCUCUAGCUGGCUUGGUGAAUAAAGCUCAGUUCACACUU